GGAGCGAGCAGGCGUCGCUGUCCUACCUGGCCUUCGAAGGCGCCACGAAGAAGAACCGGCCGAACGUGCAGGUGGGAGAUCUCAUUUAUGGUCAGUUCCUUGUGGCAAAUAAAGACAUGGAACCAGAGAUGGUCUGUAUAGACAGCAGUGGAAGAUCCAGUGGAAUGGGAAUAAUUGGACAAGACGGGUUCCUCUUUAAAGUUUCCUUAGGUCUAAUAAGAAAACUCUUGGCUCCCAAAUGUGAAAUAAUUCAAGAGUUGUCACAGUUGUACCCGUUUGAGCUGGUUCUGGGAAUGAAUGGAAGAAUAUGGGUAAAAGCAAAAACAGUUCAACAGACUUUAAUUAUAGUGAAUAUUUUGGAAGCCUGUGAGUAUAUGACUGCAGAACAGAGAAAACAAGCGCUUGCUAAAUUGUCAGGGAAUUGAUAAGAAAAAAACCUCGAGGAUUUGUUUGAGAUGGCAGUAGGGUGUUUUCGUUAUUUUUGUAUUCAGAUUCAUAUUAAAAGCCAUUUUUUAAAU